AUGCCACGAUCCUCUCCUCUUUCCUCCCGUUCGAUCUCCGACGCUAGAGCUUUCUCCGCUGUAACUUUGCUGCGGUCUGAUCGCCCUCCAACUUUGAAUCAGCUUGACUCUCAUCUGUCUGAACCAGAAGGGCCAUCGGCGCCCUCGGAAAUCCAUACAACAACCUCAUCACAGCAUGUCCCCUGGUAUUUGCAGGAAGAGGCGCCGAUCAUCAAGGAGCGCCCGUUGACCGAAGCCCAUCUUCCCCAGAUCCCAGACGAUUCGCCAGAGAUGCUCUCGUCUCUACUGGAGUACACAUAUAAGGACUUAGGCUUGGAUGGUCUCAAACUCUUUGACUUACGCGGCCUCGAAAUACCUGCAGCUCUCGGUGCUAAUGUCAUCAUGAUCAUCGGAACUGCCCGCAGUGUGAAGCAUUUGAACGUGUCUGCGGAUCGUCUCUGUCGCUGGCUGAGAAGUCAAUACAAAUUGUCCCCCUACGCCGACGGCUUACUUGGGCGCAACGAGUUGAAAAUCAAACUCCGCCGUAAGGCUAAGCGAGCGCGCGCCGCCAGUGCAGCAGGCGCAAUGGUCGACGAAAAGGAUGAUGGAAUCACCACAGGAUGGAUUUGUGUAAAUGCGGGUAUGGUGGAUAAAGGGGCUACUACGACCCAGCUGAGCGAUGUUGGGAUUGAAGGAUUUGGUAACCUUGACCUUGGGACUAGUGUGGUUGUCCAGAUCUUCACUGAGGAGAAGCGGGCUGAUGUUGACCUUGAUGGCCUCUGGGAGGCUACUUUAGCCCGUGAAGGGCGCAAGAACAUUCGGGAGAGCGCAGGAGAUAUAUCCAAGACCAGUGUUGCACCCCCAGAAGCUGGUUUCCCUGGCAUGGGAACUUCAUCUUCCACACUUCCAGGCGGCGCAGCAGCAGUUGCAUCCCAAUUGACACCGACAUCCUUGCUUCAGAUUCUCGCUGAACUUCCGGCUGAUAGUGCCCGAAAUGAGCUUGGAAGCGGCCCAAAUGAUCGCCAGUCCACUCUUUUUCUACGGCUCUUCUAUACCAACCACGCCGCGCGGUUUUCUGCACAGGAAAAAGCCACCUUUCGAUUGAAAUUGUUUUCUAUUGCUGUGUCUCGGCAACACCCAGCCUACACCAAGGAUGCCCUUUUUAGCACAUUCUCUAAUUUUCUACGCGACGGGUAUGACCUUCCGGAUGACCUUGGAUUCGAUGUUGUUUCCGCGCUUCUAACGCCGAGAACAGCGGGUGUUAUCACCGAGAAGUCUGAUACUCAUGCUCCAGAGGCUAGCAUGGAGCUCGCUUUGUUAGUGCUGGAUCGUUUGAGCCUCCGUGGUGUGCCGAUUUUGAACAUGAAAAUAUUCAAUAUACUCUAUCAAGCAGUCUGUGCACCCAAUCCAGCACCUUCGAGCUUGAACGAAUUGCACCCGGAAGAGAGUUCGUCAAGUUCGUCUGUGGUUCAACAGACCGAAUCCCGAAAACAAAUCUUGUCUCGACUGUCGAAGAUACUCGCAGCUGCCAACGUUCCAUUUGACGCAAUAGAUGCGCGUCAGCUUAUGGUGACAUUAUUCCAAUGCGGGGAUUACGACGGUUUCUGGCGAUUAUGGCGCCAGUUUCCCUUGAAAGGUGCUAACCGUACACAAGAAGACUACGUGCAGCUGUUCAAGUUGCAUGCCGAAUUGGGCGAGGAAGUGCGAGCACGCGAGUGUCUGUCGGUGGGAGUGGCAUUGAUGAAUCGAGAGUCCCCCGCCAUUGUGCUGCAGGGUCCGAUCGUGACAGCCAUCAUGCAUUGUAUUUUGGUGGCAGAUCCGACACUCCAGAACCGAGAUGAAGGAGCAUCUCCGAGCUUCUACCUGCCACUCUGGACUGAGUGCCAGGAAGCACUUGCUCGGGAAAAUUGA